AUUUCAAAAGUUGCAGUUGUGCUCAUCGGACGCAGAAUGGUGAUUUUAAGAUUUUUUCUCCUUAUAGGUAGCUGUGUUAUAGUAUCUGUUCUUUCGGAAUUAUCCGCACCAAGAGUCUGCAUUGACGAUGGUUGCCUUAAGGGGAAGUUCUUCACCAGUCAAAAAGGCAACGAGUACGAAGCGUUCCUGGGCGUACCAUAUGCCAAGCCUCCGGUAGGAGAUCUGCGAUUUAUGAAUCCACAACCGGUUGAACCGUGGACUGGAGAUUACGAUGCCUCGUUCGAGCGGAGCAAGUGUGUUCAGAAGAAUGAUCUUUGGAUCAAUCAGAAGGUCGAAGGAGACGAAGACUGCCUGUACAUCAAUCUGUACAAACCGAAACAAGCUAAGCGCGACAAGCUGGCAGUGAUGGUGUACAUCCACGGUGGCGGGUAUUUUGCUGGAUCGGCUUCGAAAGGAGAGUUUGGACCGGAUAGGUUCAUGGAUACCGAGGAAGUCAUCCUGGUGGUAUUGCAGUAUCGAUUGGGAGUUUUCGGAUUUUUGUCGACAGGGGAUCAGGCAGCUACGGGUAACUUUGGACUGAAGGAUCAAAACGCGGUGCUGAGAUGGGUUAAGAAGAACAUUGAUCGAUUUGGCGGUAAUCCGGAGUUGGUGACGCUGUUCGGACAGAGCGCCGGAGGAGCCUCCGUGCAGAUGCAAAUGAUGAGUCCGCUGAGUAAGGGCUUGAUUGCUCGGGCUUGGAGCUUGAGCGGGAGUGCUUUAGGAUUCUGGACGAAACCCAACGAAAAUCCGUUGAAAUUCGCGAGGGAACAAGCGGUGGCUGUUGGUAUUGAUUCUGUCGAAGAAAUGAGUUCGGAAGAACUCGUAGAAGCUUUGCGACAAGUCGACGCUGAAGUUCUUGGACAAAGCAUAGAUAAGUUGAAGUUUUGGCACGUGUUUCCUUUAACGCCGUAUCGCCCUGUGGUGGAGCAAUAUGUAGAUAACGAAACAUUUAUCAGCGAGGAUCAGCGAGAUCUAUGGGCACGAGGUGAAUACCUGCAGGUACCUUGGGUUACAUCGUUUGUUCCCAAUGAAGGUGCCUUUGCAUCGGUAGCUCUGAUCGUCAAUCAAACUCUACUGGAUCAGCUGAACGCGAAUAUAGAAUCAUAUCUUCCUCGUAUGCUUGGAUGUCCGGAGAAUGAGAAAUCUGCCCAGUUGUUGAAGGAGCGAUUCUUCUCCGAUGGAAGUGAAGAUAGUUGGAUAACUCCGGCCAACGCCCAUCGAAUCCAAGAUAUUCUCAGUGAAGCUUUCAUCACUUUCCCCAUAGCACAGGGAGUGCAACAACACUUGGCCCUAGAUAAUCCAUCAAAAGCCCCGAUCGAUGUUCGAUACUUUAACUUUUCGGGUCGCUACUCGCAUUCCAAAUAUUUCGCAAAGAACGACGGCAAUUUUGGAGUUUGUCAUUCGGAUGAUUUGAUUUACCUGUUUAGAGCUGGAGAGCUGUUCCCAGAUUUUGAGUUGGAUUCUGACGAGUACGCCAUGGCCGAAAAGCUGGUAGAAGAUUACAUCCACUUCGGUUAUGAUGGGUUGAAAUCUACCGGCUGUCAAGGAAGUACUUGCUCUAUAUUGGAAUACGACAACUCGAAGGAUUCUGCUAAACCAUACAAGCUGAGCAACAUUGAAGGAUUCGACGAGAACAUGAUCAAAUUCUGGACAGAAUUUUACACAUGUUAGUGUGUGUACGGAUUUCGGAAAUAAGGCAUUGUACGCAAACAUUUAAUAACGAUUUGUAUUAAAACUCUUAUAAUACGA